AUUUAUUUUAUUUUAUUUAUUUAAUUGGAACCGAGUAAACGCCGUUUCCUUUCCCAGCUUCUUAGAGACACAGAACGCACGUUGUUGAUGAAACUGCUUCUGUCUGUAACCGUUUUCAGAGGAUUGCUUCAUUUGCUUGGUGUUAUUGUUGUUGCUAUUUCGUUACACACUGUUUCCUCCUCUCAGGGAUCUCGUUGUUCAAUAUAAACGGUUUUGUUUUUUGUUGUGUGGAAUGAGGAGGAGGAUUCAGAUUGGUUCCUAAAGCUUGACGAAGUGACAAUUAUCUUUUUCAUUUUUAUUUUUUUUUGGGUUUUUGGGUUUGUUGACUUGUGUUGAACGAUGUUGAAUCGUGGGUCAAAUGUUUCGGCUGAAGGGGUGGUUUGUUCCGGUGAGGAUGAGCUGUAUGUGCAGCAAUGGAAGGCCUGUGCGGGCCCACUGGUCGAUGUUCCUGGUGUUGGCCAGAGAGUCUUCUAUUUCCCUCAAGGACACACCGAGCAAUUAGAGGUGUCAACAAAUCAAGAACUGAAUCAGAGAAUUCCUCUGUUGAAACUUCCCACAAAGAUCCUUUGUCGUGUCGUGAAUGUCCAUUUACUGGCUGAACAAGAAACAGAUGAGGUUUAUGCACAGAUUACUUUGGUUCCAGAAUCUAAUAUUCUAAUGGAACAAAUGUAUCAGCAAGCUGAGCCUACUAGCUCUGAUCCGUGCACUGCUGAACCUCCGAGGGCAACAGUUCAUUCAUUCUGCAAGGUCUUAACGGCUUCAGAUACCAGCACACAUGGUGGCUUCUCUGUUCUCAGGAAACAUGCCACGGAAUGCCUUCCUGCUUUGGACAUGUCUCAACCAACACCAACACAAGAAUUGGUCGCCAAGGAUCUUCAUGGUUAUGAAUGGCGCUUUAAACAUAUAUUUAGAGGUCAGCCACGCAGACACUUACUCACGACUGGAUGGAGUACUUUUGUGACAUCCAAGAGAUUAGUUGCUGGAGAUACCUUUGUGUUUUUGAGAGGGGAAAACGGGGAAUUACGCGUUGGAGUGAGGCGUCUUGCUCGUCAGCCAAGUAGCUUGCCAUCAUCUGUGAUUUCCAGUCAGAGCAUGCACCUAGGAGUGCUUGCAACUGCCUCUCAUGCUGUUUCAACUCAGACUCUUUUUGUAGUAUAUUAUAAGCCAAGGACGAGCCAGUUCAUCAUAAGCGUGAACAGGUACUUGGAGGCUAUCAACAAUAAGUUUAGUGUUGGCAUGAGGUUCAAGAUGAGGUUUGAGGGGGAUGAUUCUACUGAGAACGACAAAAGAUUUUCGGGUACAGUUGUUGGAGUAGAAGAUAUUUCUCCUUAUUGGGUAGAUUCAAAAUGGCGAUCACUUAAGGUUCAAUGGGAUGAAGCUGCAGCUGUUACAAGACCGGAUAGGGUUUCACCAUGGGAGAUAGAACCUUUUGUGGCUUCUGCUUUGACACCCUCAAUUCAACCAACAGUUGUAAAGACUAAAAGGCCUCGUCCCCCCAGUGAAAUUCCAGAUGUUGACACGACAUCGGCUGCUUCUGUUUUCUGGGAUGCGGGGCGUACUGAUAUGAGUAGUAAAAGCAACAGCAACACUAUAUUAAGGAAUACAACAGAAGGAAGUUGGCUAUCUUCUCCAAAUUCUAGUUGUCCUUCUCAUUUGAUUCAGGACACAACAGAUGAUAGCAAGAGUGUCUCGGCUUGGCCUGUUUCAAAUCCUCAGUCAUCCAGAUUGAACAACAAUCCUGUGCUUGUUGACCAAGUUGAUAAGGAGAACAAAAUCGAGACUGCUACGAGUUAUCGAUUGUUUGGAAUCGAGCUUAUUGAUCAUUCCAGGAACUCACCUGCUGUAGAAAAGGCAUCAACACAUGCAGUAAAUGUACCAAGAGUUAUUACAACUGAAGGCUAUGUUAGCGCUGUGUCCAGAAUUGAUGCUGGCCAUAAGUCUGAUGUAUCAAAGGCUUCGAAGGAGAGGAAACAAGAACAGCAGCAAGUACCCCCAAAGGAGACUCAGAACAAGCAAAUUUGUAGCAGAAGUCGCACCAAGGUUCAAAUGCAGGGGGUUGCAGUGGGUCGCGCCGUGGAUUUGACAACGUUGGAUGGGUAUAAUCAACUUAUUGAUGAGUUAGAAGAGCUUUUCGACAUAAAGGGACAGCUUCAAGUCAGAAAUAAGUGGGAAAUUGUCUUCACUGAUGAUGAAGGGGAUAUGAUGCUUGUGGGAGAUGAUCCAUGGCCUGAAUUCUGUAAUAUGGUGAGAAGAAUCUUCAUUUGUUCCAGCCAGGAUGUGAAGAAGAUGAGUUCAGGAAGCAAACUUCCAAUCUCUUCAAUCGAAGAAGGGACUGUAAUUAGCUCAGACACAACUGAAACCUGAAACUUUGACAUUCUUUUCUUGUCCUUUUAUGUUUCUGUUUGUCUGCACCCAACUGUUGAUCCUUUCUUGUUGCUGCUAUUGUUUGUGGGAAGGAAGUUGGUGUGUUUUGGCUAGGUAAGUUUCAUGUUAUUAGAUGUGAAACAACUAGCUAAUUGUAACUUAAUUUUUAGAGACACCAGGCAUUAAUUGUGCUAGAAAAGACUAAAAUAGAUUACUUUAAUAAAUUAGUGGGAGAAGGCAAAUUUAGGCUUAGCGUCUGUGUAUAUUCAUGUUAAGUUGGAAGAAGAAUUGUUUGGAUUUGAUGUUUAAGACUUGCCUUCUUUGGUCAAGGGGCCUAUUUAUGAUUGUAUGCAUAGUGUGCAAUUGUGCCUUC